AGGUGAAGUUGUUGGAGGAAUUGAUCCGACUGGGGUGUGCAGGGUGCGCUGGAAUGAAGACAAUUUCCUCCCUCAUUGCAGCCACUUGGAAGCCAAGUCUUGGCCUUCACGACAUUGAAAGGCUUUGCCUGGCACUGACCCCUCUUUUCCCCCAGGUCCUUGGCCUUGGCUGGCACAGGGGCACAGAGGAGCUGGCAGCAUCCAGUGACCAGGCGGAUGUGCUCCCAUGAGAGUUCCUUCCAACCUGCCCAGUUCCUACUGCUGGUGGGAGUCCCAGUGGUGAGUGUCCUUCUCCUGGUCCAGUGCCUUCGAUGGCACUGUCCUCCCUGGCUGCUACGGGCCUGUUGGAAGCCGGAUAGCGAAGAGGAACCAGUGCCCCAUCCCACUCCCCUACCAGAAUAUGAGGCCCCAAGGCAGGGGCCACCAGCCACACUCCAGGAGAUGGCUGCCUUCUACCAGGAACUGCACACGCCCACCCAAGGCCAGACUGUCACCCGUCAGCUGAUGCACAAGCUGUUGGUGUUUUCGGCUCGAGAGGUGGAUCACCGCGGAGGCUGCCUGAUACUCCAGGAUACGGGCAUCUCCCUGCUCAUCCCCCCAGGUGCUGUGGCUGUGGGCCGCCAGGAGCGGGUGUCGCUGAUCCUGGUGUGGGACCUGUCGGACGCCCCGUCAUUGUCCCGAGCCCAGGGGCUGGUGAGCCCCGUGGUGGCAUGUGGCCCCCAUGGGGCCUCCUUUCUGAAGCCCUGCACCCUCACCUUCAAGCACUGUGCCCAGCAGCCCAGCCAUGCCCGCACCUACAGCAGCAACACGACCCUGCUGGAUGCCAAGGACUGGAGGCCCCUGGGGCGGCCGGGGGUACACACCUCCCGGGACGAGUGUCGCAUCCACCUCUCCCACUUCAGCCUCUUCACCUGCGUGGUGGAGGCGCCUAUGGGCCGCGACGCCCGCAAGUGGCUGCAGCUGGCGGUGUUCUGCUCGCCGCUGGCGCCGGGCCAGUCCCACCUGCAGCUGCGCGUCUACUUUCUCAACAACACGCCCUGCGCCCUGCAGUGGGCCCUGACCAACGAGCAGCCCCACGGCGGGCGCCUGUGCGGGCCCUGCCAGCUCUUCGACUUCACCGGGGCCCGCGGGGACCAGUGCCUGAAGCUCAAGUACAUCUCCGAGGGUUGGGAGAAUGUGGAUGACAGCAGUUGCCAGCUGGUUCCGCAUCUCCACAUCUGGCAUGGAAAGUGCCCCUUCCGCUCCUUCUGCUUCCGGAGAAAAACAGCCAAUGAGAACGAGGAUUGCUCAGCACUAACCAAUGAGAUCAUCGUCACCAUGCACACCUUCCAGGAUGGCUUGGAGACAAAGUACAUGGAGAUCCUCAGAUUCCAGGCGUCAGAGGAGGAGUCCUGGGCAGCGCCACCCCCUGUCUCCCAGCCACCCCCAUGCAAUAGGCUGCCCCCAGAGCUCUUUGAGCAGCUGCAGAUGUUGUUGGAGCCAAACAGCGUCACGGGCAAUGACUGGCGGCGACUGGCCUCCCACCUGGGGCUCUGCGGCAUGAAGAUCCGGUUCCUGUCCUGCCAGCGCAGCCCCGCCGCAGCCAUCCUGGAGCUGUUUGAGGAGCAGAACGGCAGCCUGCAGGAGCUGCACUACCUCAUGACCGAGAUGGAGCGUCUGGACUGCGCCUCCGCCAUCCAGAACUACCUGAAUGGGACGCAGAGCGGCAGCCCAGCCCGGGUCCACGGGGGCGCCUGGCAGAACCAGGCCCUGGAGCUGGACGAGAAGCUCUGAGCGCUCUGCUGGGGCGGGACAGGGUGGGACGCCCUUUGCAGCACUCUGGGCAUGGGGAGGCUGUGGGGUGUGUCCCGGCACCCAGGAAGAACACCGCAGCUGUUCUUGGCUGUGCCCACCGACCUCAUCAGAACCCUCAGAUGGUGCCUAGGGCCACCUGAGGCGGGAAUGCCGUUGCCAGCCUCCCCGGGUCUGGACUACCCUUGCGACCUGCUUUGUCCUACGUGCAGAUCCCCUCCUGUCCGGCAGGGGGCGCAGGAGCCCAGGAGAUGGCCCCAACGUGGCCCGCCUUCGAGAAGCUACUUAAUAGACCAAGGCACUGUUAGGUUGCCCUGUUGGCACUCCUUGGGGACUGGUCAGUUCACAAGUAUUCACUGAGCACUUAGUGAUACCCGGCUUUGGGUAUCAUGGGGAAUCCUGGAAUAUAUGGCUUAGGGUUUGGAGCCUUGACAAGCCCACAGUUCUCUUGGAGUCAAGAUGCUCUCAUGUGGGCUGAGGGCAAACCUGGAAACAGCACCUACCUGUGGUUAGGGGUGUGGUAUCAACUGUCUGUGCUUUAGGAGUUGAGAUGGGAGGGAGAUGAGCAUGGGCUGGAGCAGUGAGAAAGCUUCGUGGAGGAUGUUGGAGAGAGGAUUUGGACAUGCAAAGAGUGGUUUGGAGGUCUUCAGGUGGGGGUAGGGGUCAUGGUGACUGGACUUGCAGGAGGAGUCACGAGUGGCAUGGAGUGCUGAGGCAUGAAGGAGCCCUGCUGGGUGGGUGUGCGGUGUGGGUAGGACAAGGGUUCAAAGCCAGAUCUAAAGAUAGGCAGUCAAAUCUGGCUGUCCACCUGUUCCCUCUGCCUGCUUUUGUUUAUCCUCGUGUCCUUGCCUUGUCUUCCUCUCUCUCUGCCAUUAUCUCGGUCAUAAAACAUCAAAGCUGAAAAGAAACUUCAAGAUUAUCAUUCUUGCCCAACUUGUUAAACUCUUUGUCUCAGACUGUGUGAGGUUUAAGUCUCUCUGACUUCGUUUUGCUGUCCCUAUCUCCUGCAGUUGCAACAUCCCUGGGGAUGUGUCUCUGUUAUUCUAUGUCCUAGCAUCUUUUUGUCUCUAUCUAGUUACUGUGUCUGCCUUUGUGUGUUUCUUUCUCUCUCUGAAACCAUCAGGCAAAUGUCUCUAAGCCAAUGUUAUGUAUCAAAGGCUAUUGAAAGAGCCUGGGCUACUCUAGGAAUGGGUGGGUGGGGAUUUUUCCCUCUGGAUCAAGGUCCAGUUUAGGGUCAGGAAAUAAAGGCUAGGGAUUAAAGAACACCCCAUUUAAUCAAUAAAUAUUUGUUCAGCACCCGCUGUCUGUCAGACGUUGUAUAGACAAGAGAUCAACAGGCUGGGUCCUGAAAAGAGAACAAAGGAUUUGACUCAAUUCUAGCGAUCCUUUUGUUUGCAAACAGGUGUUAAUUUUUUCAGGGGGCAGGCAAACAAUCUCUCUGGCAACCCCAACAAUUUGCUUCUGUAUUUAAUUAAAAAUAUUAAAUAUUUUCUAUGAUGAACAACAUUGUAUAAUAAAAUAUGAAAAUUGCCUUUCUUUG